CAUAAGGCUUUCAGCUAAGCCUAACAAUUAUUGAAUUAAAUGGGAAGUUAUAGAUAAUGCUAUCGAUUUCAUAAAUUUAUUUUGUUUUCUGGAAAGUAUAAAUAAAUAAAUAAUAAGUUUUAUAUAAAAGAAAUUUUAUUUAGAAGUGUUGAAUAGAUUUAUUAUUAUUAUUUUUUUUCUUGUUUGUUACUAUAAUUGGAAAUAAUUUAAGAAAAUCGUUAAGUUUUUAAUACUGUUUAUUCUGUCUUCUGUCAUAUUAUUAUUGCCAUUAAUUAUUCCAAUAUUAGCGUAUUUAACAAUAUAUAUAUAUAAAAAAAUAUGAUGCCUUUAAAUAACAACAAAAGAAAAGGAAGAAUUAGCAAUGUCAAUAAACCAGGAAGACCUAAAGUUCUUCAAGAAAAAAAUUCUUCUCUUGAAGGAAUAUAUGGAAAUGCACGGUUUAUGCAUACUGCUGCAUCAUUGGUGGGAAGUAUCGUUAAUGUGCGGGUGAAAAAUGGAAAUAUAUAUGAAGGAGUAUUUCGUACAUUUUCACAAGAGAUGGAUGUUGUAUUAGAGAUGGCUCGUUUAAUUGAUAACAAUCAGGCAGCAUCUUGUUUAUUCAAUGGAACCAUCUUACCUUUGAUGACUGAAGAUCUGAUCACAGAAAAACUCAUUUUUAAACUUCAUGACAUUGUUAUGUUAAGUGCAAUAAAUAUUGAUCUUGAUUAUGCAACUAAAGGUAAGGUAUAUUUUAUAUAAUUGAAAUAAAGAUUCAUUAAAUAAGUAUUAAAUGAAAAAGUAGUCAUCAAAUAUUUAUGAAAAGAAUAGUAAUGUGACUUUUGUAAUUAUAGUAGAAGAAAAUGCUACAAAGAUUUAUCAGAUUUCAAUAGAAAUAACAACAGUUUUAUCUAAUUAAUUUGAUUUUUACUGUGUGUAUUUUAGUCUCCUUUGGUGAACUUUUUGUGGCUUAUAUAAAGAGAUUUUUUAGGAGUUACUUUAUGCUCAGUUAAUAUAAAGGAUAGAGACUAAAAUCUUUGUAGUUGUCCGCUAAUGAUAACUUUUCCUGUGAAUCUCUGACCAAUAGCAUUUUUGUAAACUAUUAGUAAACUUGAUGAUAUAGUUUGUGUGUGUAUCCUUGUCCACUUAGAUCUUGUUUAUUAAUAGGACUUUUUAUACUGGUGUAGUUUCUGAUUAGC